AUGGAGAGUUAUUUCAAAAGAAAAUCAACGCAUGAGUUGACAGAGUCAUCAUCAGCUCCAAAGAAAGUUCGAAUGGCAUACAUACAAAAAGGUCCUUGUCAGCCUCGAGACUAUAAGUUUCCCAAGAAGACUCUGGCAGGAAACUCAGAAAGACGGUUCAAUCCGGCUUGGUUUGAUGAAUUUCCUACUUGGUUGGAAUAUAGCAUUGAGAAAGAUGCUGCCUUUUGUCUCUGUUGUUAUCUCUUCAAACCUGAUAUUGGAGAACAAACAGGCAGUGAUGCAUUCGUUCGCAAAGGGUUUUCGAAUUGGAAGAAGAAAGAAGGUUUACAAGGUCAUGUUGGAGGACCUAAUAGUUCCCACAACAAAGCUAGGAUAAAUUUUGAAGCCUUAUUAGACCAAAACCAAGCUCGAAGUGAUUGUCAAACACUUUUGGGUGCAUCAAUUGAUUGUGUUAAGUUUCUUAUGCGACAAGGUCUUCUAUUCUGUGGACAUGAUGAAUAUGAAACUUCAAAUGACCAAGGAAGUGUUGUUGGACUUUUGAGAUUUCUAUAUGAUCAUAGUACAGAUAUAAAAGCUGCUGCAUAA